GUGAAAGACGCCCAAUCAAUUUGGACUGGGAGGGAUGGCAGCGACCAAUGAAUGAGUUAAUAAACAUGUGUCGAAAUGAGAGCUGACUGGAAUUUGAUUCACCCCGAGGUGUUAUUUAGAGCCUUGACACACCUUGGUCGUGCUUCUUUCGACCUCUGGGCCCGAAGAGGAAGCCAGUGGACAAGACGCACGCAUGUGUUUGUGUGUCAGAGGGAGAAAGAAGCCUGCAGUGCAAAUAGGCGUGGCACUUUCACACAGUUUCAGUCAACUCGCGCGACUUCAACUCUACAUUUGACUUGUUGGUGACAUGCCAAACAGCGGAGGCCUUCAGCACUGACAUCAACUCAUCAAAGCAAGGAAAUAAAGACAAACGGAGGAGGACAACAAAUUCAAAGAAAACAUAGGUGGUUGGGAUUUUUGACCACUUACCAUUACAGCCCAUUGACAUUGAAGUGGCGCCUAAAUCUGUUCAUUUGUUCAAGAUUUCAGAAGACCACAAAAACAACUUUUUCGGGCUACGUGUAAACAUUUUUUGCACUACACUUGGGUCCCUGGAAGUUGAAGGAUGACCGCUUCUUUGGACAUGUCCCACUCAUCUGAUAUCAGCAUAAAAGUAGACGAAGAGACGCCGCUGAACACGAUGCCGGGAUCGGCGGACUCACAGACGACCUACACUGCGAAGAAAAAUGGCUGCGUUACGACAGCUUGCUGUCAAGACAAGCAUCACAGGAAGCUGGCUGUCUGCAGCAUCAUCUGCGGCAUCUCCUGCAUCGGAAUCAAAGCGCUCAUUAACUCAGUUAAGGCCGAAAAGGAGGUGAACAGAGAGCUGUCGGCCCGUUUUUCACGACGGUCCAAAAGGCUUGCCAUCACCUCCAUUGUCAUCUGGCUGACCAUUCUGGCACUUACUCCGAUACUCAUGGCGCUCAUUUCCUACUUGGUCACACUGAAAGACUGAGGUGGCAGAACAAAACAAAGCGUAUGGCACGUUUAGAAGCUGAUAUUUAUUUUUCCACCGCUUGUAAAACCACAUGUAUAAAAACAAGUGUGACAGCAUUUGUACGUGACAAAUACUUGACAUUCAAUACCAAAUAUUGUAGAAAACGUUUAAGUUACCCAACAUGGUUGAAAAAAAACAAAAAAAAAACGUAUUAUUGCCUUCUUACUUUGAUGCUUGUUGUGCUUUUUAUACAGACACUGUAGAAAUAAAAAAUAAACGACUCUUGGAUACAAAGAGAAUACUAACAUUGUGUUUAAAGCCGCCUCAUUAAACGACAACACACACACAAUAACAAGAGCGUCAUGUGAUUAAGUUGCAAUAAAUAAGAGCUGCCAUUACUGUGGUACAAGUGUGGUAACCGUAGCAGCCAAAACUACAAGCACCAAGGCAACGUGUUCGGGAAAACUACCAACAUUAACACCCGGCAUCCGCCCGGUCGCUGGAAAUCCACAAGUCCAGCUGCUUCAGCUUGGAGCACAGAAGAGUGUCAGCGUCCGGUGGCGGCAGGAGAGACGGGGUUGUGCCGCCCUUGGCGAAGCCCCCUCGCCGGGUGCGGGACGACACAACUCCCACUUUGCCUCCGCCGACCGCUACCUUCUUGGGCUUCCGGGCAGCGCCCAUUUCGGGGAACACCACAGAGCGCUUGAUGCGGCGCUGGCCGAAGAACAACUCGGCGCCGUCACGGCGGCUGAGUGGCACCUCUAAGAUGGUCUCCAACCGGCUGAAGAGCAAAAGAGUCCACAUUUUUAGCACUCAUUUAAAUGACACUGGGUUUGUCAAGAAUAUUGAGAGAGAGAGAAGCAAAGUGCGGUGCUAUAAACAAAAAAUUUUAACCAAUCAAAAGCCUGACAGAAUUUCUGGAAAAGCUCCAUAAUGAAUAAAAUAUAGUGAACUCCUGACCUAUUUGUACUUUGAAGUUGCAGUUCACAUUUAUCUUCCGUUUGCUUAAAAAGUCACCAAGUUUAUGUGCUUCAAAGCUAGGGGUGUGACAAAAUAUCGAAAUGGUGAUAUAUCGUGAUAGUUUGCAUCCCAAAAGGUUAUCGAUAUGCUCCUGCCAAGAAUCGAGAUAUCAUUUUAAAAAGGUGUCAAUGUCUAAAAAAAAUUUUAAAAAAGGAACCAACAUGUUGCUACCAAAAUCUUCCACCGUAAUAGUGUCUCAGUUAUGUAUACAAUAAGGCUGCAUUGACGGUGCUCGACGCCCAAUCCAUUUGGACUGGAAACUAUAGUGCUGAUUCGAAAAAAAGAUUCUAAUUAAAUUUUGCUGCUUCGAGUAUUCGUUUAAUUAAAGUGGCAUUGUAAUGUGUAUGUUGAAAGUGUUUGCAUUUAGUUUUAUUUAUUUGGAUUGGAUACACUGCCCUCUAGUAAUAUUCGGAUCAGAGGUUGCGCUAGACUUUUUUGUUGUCUGUCAUUUUGACUGACAGGGUCAUAAAAAUCCGGUCAUAAUCCAUUUUUACCAGUCACUUAAAUUUUUAAAAUGACUAUAUCUUGAUGCAUAAUAUAAAGUAACUAACAUUAGUGCAGUCAUGGAUUACACUAAGCAGGCCAGUGCUGUGUUUCCAUAUAUAUUUUUAUUAUAUUAUGUAUAUACAUGAUAUAUUUUUUUUCCCCCCAAGUGGGACCUUC